CACACACACAUACACCCAUACACACUCUGCAUCCGCUAUUGUUGUGUACGUGUUGGCGAGAGUGAAACGGUGUGAAAAGCCCCACAAGAGCCAGGUAAAGCAGGAGGGGGAGGCGGUGGGAACUAAUGCUUGGGAGUUGGAGUUCGAGUUCAGUUUCGCCAAACAGCCGAACGUCAACACAAUAACGGGAAAGUUUUUUUCCUCCACUCCGCUGGCGAAAGUGGCGUGCGUGUGUGUUUGGUUGUUGUUUGCCCCCGUGCCCGAUUUGCCCAUUGCCACUGAGGUGGGCUGGUGUAGCAGGUCUCGGGCCCUUAGCCUCUUCUUCGGGUAACUAUCAGGUGUUGGUGGACUAGAGCGUCGCGCGCUGCGUGCUUGUUUGUGUGUGUGUGUGUGUGUGUGUGUGGGGGGUGUCUGUGUGUGGACAACAUCCCAUCAGUCGCGGGACACAGGUAAUCAGCGGGCGUCCGCUAGACACAGCAGGGCUGGACUUGGUUACGGACCGUUCGCGACCCAUUCGCAGCUCAUCAUCCUCCCUGUCGCCGUCGUCGUCGUAACGCGGGGCCAGCUCUCCUUCUCUCUGACAGCUGGGUGUGACACACGAUAAGGUGUCACGAUACUGUCUGUGUGUGUGUGUGUGUUUUGUGUGUGUGUGUGUGUGUCAAUUGCUCCACCGAGGGAGUGAAGCCACCGAUCAACCUGCCCUGGUCCCGGUCCGCUGACAGCGACCGGAAAUCGCUUCUGCCCACCCGGGGGGAACACCACACCACGAUCAACUGUGUGACGGGCGUGUAGCGUUGUACUAGGCGGGGAGCACCAUGGCACCGAACCUGAGCAAGCUGCUCGGCAACCAGAAUGCCGUGGUCGGUGUGGCCGGAUGUACGGCGGCCGCCUGCAUCAUACUGUACGGCAAGCAGAUCCACAAGAAUCGCAAACAGCGACCGGAGGAUGAGAUACAAUAUUUAAUCAGCGACAAGAAGGAAAAGCGCAGCCCGAAGGCCCACGUCAAUGCCGUUUUCUUCAAUCAGCUGCGCACGCUGUUAGGCAUCAUCAUACCGAAGAAAUGGAGCGUCGAGAACGGUUUGCUGGUCGUGAUUGCACUGUCGCUGAUUGCCCGCUCGGUCAGCGACAUCUGGAUGAUACAGAAUGCGACCGCGAUCGAGAGCACAAUCAUCACGAUGAACAAGAAGCAGUUCCGGACCGCGCUGGUCAAGUACCUGUCCGCGCUGCCCGCGAUUGCCGUGGUUAACAACGUGCUGAAAUGGAGCAUAGGCGAGCUGAAGCUACGCUUCCGCACCAACCUGUCGCAAUACCUAUACAACGAGUACCUGAAAGGCUUCACCUACUACAAAAUGUCCAACCUGGACAACCGGAUAGCGAACGCGGACCAGCUGCUGACGACCGACAUUGACAAGUUCUGCGAGAGCGUUACCGACCUGUACUCGAACAUCUGCAAGCCGCUGCUCGACAUCGUCAUCUACGUGUACCGGCUGACGACCAACCUGGGCGGCACGACGCCCGGCAUCCUGCUGCUGUAUCUGUUCUUCUCCGGCGUGUUUCUCACCAACCUGCGCAAGCCGACCGGCCGGCUGACCGUGCUGGAGCAGAAGCUGGAGGGCGAGUUCCGGUACGUGAACAGCCGGUUGAUCACCAACUCGGAGGAGAUCGCGUUCUACAAGGGCAACAACCGGGAGAAGCUGACGAUACUGGCCAGCUUCAACAAGCUCGUCGGCCACCUGCGCAAGUUCCUCGAGUUCCGCGUCGGCAUGGGCAUCGUGGACAACAUGGUGGCGAAAUACAUUGCAACGGUCGUUGGAUUCUACGCCGUGUCGCUGCCGUUCUUCGAGAAGGACCAUCCGCUGCUGACCGGCAGCCAGCAGAGCGAACGGUUGAGCCGCUACUACACGUUCGGCCGCAUGCUGGUGAAGCUGGCGGAGGCGAUCGGGCGGCUGGUGCUGGCCGGCCGGGAGAUGUCCCGGCUGGCCGGGUUCACCGCCCGCAUGACCGAGCUGACGGUCGUGCUGAAGGACCUCAACUCGGGCCGGUACGAGCGCACGAUGGUGAACAACUCGGCGAUCGCGGACGCGGGCGACAUCGGCCCGGGCCGGGGCCUGCUCAAGUUCCAGGACAAUCUGAUCAAGUUCGAGCACGUGCCGCUGGUGACGCCGAACGGCGACGUGCUGGUGAAGGACCUCACGUUCGAGGUCAAGUCCGGCAUGAACGUGCUCGUGUGCGGCCCGAACGGGUGCGGCAAGAGCAGCCUGUUCCGCAUCCUCGGCGAGCUGUGGCCGACGUGGGGCGGCAAGGUGACGAAACCGCCCGCCGGCAAGCUGUUCUACAUCCCCCAGCGCCCGUACAUGACGCUCGGCUCGCUGCGCGAUCAGAUUAUCUAUCCACACACGCACCAGGAGAUGAAGCGGCGCGGCAAAACCGACGCGGACCUGCUCAAGUACCUCGACCUGGUGCAGCUCACCUACCUGCAGGUGCGGGAGAAGGGCCUGGACGCGAUCGAGGACUGGAUCGACGUGCUGUCCGGCGGCGAGAAGCAGCGGAUCGCGAUGGCCCGCCUGUUCUACCACAAUCCGCAGUUCGCGAUCCUGGACGAGUGCACGUCGGCGGUGUCGGUGGACGUCGAGGGCAGCAUGUACCAGUACUGCCGGGCGGUCGGCAUCACGCUCUUCACCGUGUCGCACCGGAAGUCGCUCUGGACGCACCACGAUUACUACCUCAAGUUCGACGGCCACGGGGCGUACGAGUUCGGGCCGAUCGAGGGCACGCAGGACCAGUUCGGCUCGUAAGCGUCGAUUUGUUGGGUGUGUGUUUUGUUUUUUUACUUCGCUUUCUUCCCUUCGGCAAGUGGAGCCGGGCUGCUCGGCUUCUGCUUCUUCUAUUUCCAUUAUUUUUUUUUUAACGCAACGUUUAGCGAGUAGCGUGUGCGAUUUUUCUUUUUCUUUUAACAAAGCAGAGGGGACUUUUUAUUUUCACUCUCUUUCGCUCUGUGUGCCCUCUCUGUUUUCCAUCGUACAGUGAACUCGUUACGCUAUUUUAUAGGUACAUAUAUUUACUUUUGUUCUCUCGCGAUAAUAGGUGUUUGUAAAGCUAAUCUAGUAAACACGGGUGCAGGAAACCAGUUCAGUUCUUUUUGUUUUUAGUGAAAUUUCAUCCUUCUCCCUUUUUUUUUUUAUUUUAAAUUCACAUACGAACACAUUUUAAUGCAGUUUUUCGCGUGCACAAAACAGCGUUCUGAAUCCAGAAAGCUGAUGAUGAGGUUGGUGGGUAGGAGCUUAGCGGAUUGCGGGGUUGAGGUAUAGGUUGUUUUUUUACAUUUGUUUUUUUACAUUCGGUUGCCCGUCUGUCCCGUCUGUCUAUUAUCAUUCCACGUGUUUUGUUGAAGGCGAUGCAGAUUCGUAUGCAGACAAAGGCUCAUGCGCUAUCAGUUACCCAUAAUGUAGUAGUUUGCGAACCAUAACAGCAUGCAAAAAACACACAUAGAUACAUACACACACACACAUUGUACCGUAGUUUUCCUUCCGCUACCUUCGUCUCAUUUCGGUGCUUAAUUUAGUGGCGAAGAACGACACGAAAAUAAAGAAAUAAAGAAUAUACCAUGGAGAAACAAUAAA